CAGCCGGAAAUCACAGCAACGGCACGACAGAUCUUGUGAUGAGGUUUUGGCCCAGCCGAUAUACCCCUUUUGUCUGAUCUCUGUUUUUCUCGGUGUCUACAUGUUGACCAACCUGCUCAGUAUCUCUUACCCGUUCUCGGUUGUAGCAACCUGAAUGGAACAUACUGUGUAGGCCACUUGGAGGGUGUUACGUUGAGUUACGAAGCUGGUAUUCCGUACGAACAGUAACGUUACCGUAAUGCUCGCCCCUUAUCAGGGCGGCGAUAAGGCAGCCCUGCUUAAUUGAAGUUCAGCUGAGCGCGUCACCCAAACGCGUCUCGACGGGUCACUCGAUCCCAGCAUCAGCUCCCAAGCCAAACAAGAUAUUUCGGUGACCCACGCAGCACCACAAUGGCGCUCAUCGUCGACAAGCACCGGCCCAAAUCCCUCGACGCGCUCACAUACCAUGAGGAGCUGUCUCAGCGGUUGCGCUCGCUGGCGCAAAGCGGCGACUUCCCCCAUCUCCUCGUCUACGGCCCCUCCGGGGCAGGCAAGAAGACAAGGAUCGUCGCUACUCUAAAAGAGCUAUUCGGUCCCGGCGUCGAAAAGAUCAAGAUCGACGCGCGCGUCUUCCAGACGAGCAGCAACCGCAAGCUCGAGUUCAACAUCGUCGCCUCGAUCUACCACCUCGAAAUCACCCCCUCGGACGUCGGCAACUACGACAGGGUCGUCGUGCAGGAUCUGCUCAAGGAGGUCGCGCAGACGCAGCAGGUCGACCAGGCAGCGAAGCAGCGGUUCAAGGUGGUGGUGAUCAACGAGGCCGACCACCUGACGCGGGACGCCCAGGCCGCGCUGCGCCGGACCAUGGAGAAGUACUCGCCCAACCUGCGAUUGAUUCUGCUGGCCAAUUCCACCGCGAACAUCAUCGCGCCGAUCCGGUCGCGGACGCUGCUCGUGCGCGUCGCGGCGCCGACGCACCAAGAGAUCUGCGACGUGCUGGCCGCGUCCGCCAAGAAGGAGGGCUGGCCCGUAGUGAAGGGCUUGCACCAGAGGAUUGCCGAGGAGAGCGGGAGGAACCUGCGCAAGGCGCUGCUGAUGUUGGAGGCGGUGCACGCACAGAACGAGAAAGUCACCGACACCACAGACAUACCGCCGCCAGACUGGGAGGCGCUCAUCGGCCAGAUCGCCUCGGAUAUCAUACAGGAGCGCACGCCCACCCGAAUCCUGCAGGUCCGGUCCAAGCUCUACGACCUGCUGACGCACUGCAUACCGGCGACCACGAUCCUGCGGACGCUUACGUUCAAGUUGAUCCCCCAGAUAGACGACGCGCUCAAGGCGGAUGUCAUCAAGUGGUCUGCCUUCUUCGAGCACCGGAUCAAGACGGGCACGAAGGUCAUAUUUCAUUUGGAGGCGUUUGUGGCCAAGUUUAUGAGGAUAUACGAGAUGUAUCUUAUGAGCAUGGACAUGUGAGGGCCAAGGGAAAGGGUCGGCGUUCCGGAUGGGGUCUUCGGAGGCUGCGCAGCCCGAAUGGGAGAAUACAAAUGGGUCACACACUGCUUUACCCAGAGUUUGGGACUCAAUACUCGAAAGUCCAAACACUCAUAACCAACCUACUGAGACCAGGUGACUUAAGAAGAAACAGGAAGGAAAGCUCAACGCUACCACAGUAACGAACAAGAUACCCUAAGCCUUACUACCCACUCAUGCACUUUCACCC